UUUCUUGAGUCCUGUGCGUCCGCGACGGUAGUGACGCGUAUUAUCGGGAGGAUGGCGGACGCCGGCUUACGCCGCGUGGUUCCCAGCGACCUGUAUCCCCUCGUGCUCGGCUUUCUGCGAGAUAACCAGCUCUCGAGCGUGGCCAAUAAAUUCGUCAAGGCAACAGGCGCUACCCAGCAGGAUGCCAACGCUUCUUCCCUUUUGGAUAUCUAUAGUUUCUGGCUCAACAGGUCCACCAAGGCCCCAAAGCGGAAGUUACAGGCAAAUGGACCAGUGGCUAAGAAGAAGACUUCAUCCAGUGACAGCAGUGAAGACAGCAGUGAGGAGGAAAAAACCCAGGGGCCUCCAGCUAAGAAAGCUGCUGUACCUGCCAAGCAGGCCAGUCUGCUUCAGCAUCCUGGAAAGGCUGCAGUCAAAGCAUCAGAGAGCAGCAGCAGCAGCAGUGAAGAAUCCAGUGAUGAUGAGGAGGAAGAAGACAAAAAGAAAAAGCCUGUUGAGAAGGGAGUUAAGCCGCAGGCCAAGACAGUCAAAGCUCCUCCUAAGAAGGCCGAGAGCUCUGAUUCCGAUUCUGACUCAAGCUCAGAGGAUGAGGCACCAAAGAACCAGAAGCCUAAGACAACACCUGUGGCAGUGAAAACUCAGGCUAAAGCCCCAGCCAAACCAGGUACAUCAGCUCGGCCAGCACCUAAAGUCGCCAACGGCAAAGCACCUAGCAGCAGCAGCAGCAGCAGCAGCAGUGAUGAUGACUCAGGGGAGGAAAAGGCAAUAGCCAUCUCUAAGAAGACCAUACCUAAAAAGCAAGUUGUGGCUAAGGCCCCAGUGAAAGCAGCUGCCGCACCUGCCCAAAAGAGUUCCAGCAGUGAGGACUCCUCCAGUGAUGAGGAGGAAGAGGAGCAGAAGAAAAAGCCCAUGAAGAAAAAACCAGGUCCCUAUAGCUCAGUCCCCCCGCCUUCUGUUCCCCGACCCAAGAAGUCCCUGGGAACUCAGUCCCCCAAGAAAGCUGCAGAGAAGCAGCAGACUGUGGAGAGCAGUGAGGAGAGCAGCGACGAGUCUGAUUCAAGUUCUGAGGAAGAAAAGAAACCUCCAGCUAAGGCAGUCAUCACCAAGGCAGCUACUAAAGCAGCUCCAGCAAAGAAGGCAGCAGAGAGCUCUUCAGACAGCUCAGACUCCGACAGUUCUGAGGAUGAAGCUCCUGCCAAGCCAGCCGGUACCCCCAAGAAUCCCUCAAGUAAACCAGCCGCCACUCCCAAGCAGCCUGCAGCUAAGUCAGCCGCCACUCCCAAGCAGGCCGCGGGCAGUGGCCAGAAGCCUCUAACCAGAAAGGCUGACAGCAGCUCCAGCGAGGAGGAGAGCAGUUCUAGUGACGAGGAAGAGACAAAGAAGACUGUAGCCACCCCUAAGUCCAAGGCGACAGUCAAAGCAGCCCUGUCUUUACCUGCCAAGCAGGCCUCUCAGGGUGCUGGGGGCAGCAGCUCAGAUUCAGACAGCUCCAGCAGCGAGGAGAAGGAAGAGAAGACACCUAAACCCCCAACUAAAAAGCCACGGAAGGAGGUGGAAGCCGUAGCCCCUUCCAAACCAGCCUCCGUGAAGAAAGCAAAGGCCGAAAGCAGCAGCAGUUCUUCCUCUGAUGACUCCAGUGAGGAGGAGGAGGAGGAGAAACCCAAGGGCAAGGGCACUCCAAGACCACAGGCCACCAAGACCAAUGGCACCUCGGCACUGACUGCCCAGAAUGGAAAAACAGACCGGGGCAGCAACGAGGAGGAGGAGGACAAGAAAAAGGCAGCAGUGGCGGUUGCUAAGCCAGGUUCAGAAAAGAAGAAGAAGAAGAAGAAGAAUGAGGCUGCUAAGGAGGCAGAGACUCCUCCAGCAAAGAAGAUAAAGCCUCAGACCCCCAACACAUUUCCUAAAAGGAAGAAGGGAGAACGAAGGGCAUCCUCCCCAUUCCGAAGGAUCAGGGAAGAGGAGAUCGAGGUGGAUGCUAGAGUGGCAGACAAUUCCUUUGACGCCAAGCGGGGUGCAGCCGGAGACUGGGGGGAGCGAGCCAAUCAGGUUCUGAAGUUCACCAAAGGCAAAUCCUUCCGGCAUGAGAAAACCAAGAAGAAGCGGGGCAGCUACCGGGGAGGCUCCAUCUCUGUCCAAGUCAACUCUGUUAAGUUUGACAGCGAGUGACCAUGGGCUGUCUAUGGCACAGCAAGGGUGAUGAUCUGAGCCCACUCACCGUCACAGUAGACCUGGGAAUCCUAGGCUUUAUCAAGGGAGGGUCUUGGUGAAGAGAGCAGUUUAGAAUAGGUCUGAAGACUCUGCACUGUAACACCCUCUAAGGUCCUUUUUUGUGUUCGUGGUUUUGUACAGAUUUGUUUUUUGAGUGUUGGGUAGCAAGGACAAAGAAUGUUCAUUUUUAAGAAAAAUUGUAGUUGUCGUUCCCUCCAUGUUCUGUGAAAGUCUUCAUACUGAAAAACGUGUAUAUUUUCUAUUAAAUAAUUUCUUAUUGAUUUUUGUUGUGGUUUUCAGAGGUGGGUUCCCACAGAUUAAUCUUAGCUAUCCCAAGACUUGGUAAAGGUCACUAAGAAUUUUUAUAAUUGGAGAAUUCUGCCCAUGUGAGUGCUUGUGUCCACUUUUCAUCCUUCCUACCCCUCAGAGCCCUGAUGAGGGGCAGUUAGCAUUCACCAUUGUUAAUGUAUAUAUCUUUUAAGCAUGAAUUAUGUACCUCAUUCAUGGGGUAUAGGACUGAAAUCUUCAGCCAGCAUGGACUUACCUACUUUGGAGGAUAAAAGUCAUUGUUUUGUUUCAGACAAAAUUCUAAUGUGUGAAUACCCUAGGGUCUGGAUAUUUUGUUUUUUUGUAUUUUUAUUAUCACAUAAUGUUUGCAAUAUAUGUUUGUUAAUUUAAAAGCAUAAACUUUUUUUAUUGUUCAAAGAUAAUUUUUGAUUGGCUUCUGAGGACUAUAUCUUCUCAGUUUUUUUACAUUUUAGAGCACAAAAUUUAAUCUGAAAAGCCCUUAUCACUUGGUAUUUCUGUCUUGGUAGCAUGGUGACACAAAAUAGUUUGAUUAACUUCUUACAUGUUUGGGAGUCACUGAUCAAGAAAGUGAAGGAAGAAAAUCUAUAAUGAAAAACCUCAGUCCUCAGUAGGAAUUAGGUUACAUUAGUCAGGUGAAUUUAUAGGUUAUAGGUAACCUAAGUAUACGCUAACGGAGAGGAGAAGGACCUUUACAAAGCAUUUUAUCUGGUAUUACUUGAGUUAGAGGGGGGUUGGGAGAGCAUUCUAACAGGGUUAUUGUGUCUUGUAGUUGGUACAUGGGAGCAACUCAUAUGCCCCCUUUAGAACCUGACUGUCAGUAUCAGUGGAGGUAACAAUAAAAAAACCUGUGAGUAGAGAUACAGCUCUUGGGCCGUGCAGGCUGAUUGUAGAGCUGUAGGAGCAAGUGAGGAGGAAAGUUGAGUUCUCCAGUCUCUCCAAGUUCUCUGGUCCUGGGGUGUCCCUGUGUUGGGAAAGUGUGUCCUAAGUUUAUAGAUGAGGUGUAAGUUAAGGUUAGCCUCCCCUUGUUUGGGUUCCAAGUAACCUGAUAACCUGGUUUUCUGUGUAACUGCUGCUAGGAAGAAAGUAUGCUGACAUACAUAAAAAGUCUGCAUGGUGAAAGUUCUACAUCUUACUAGAAAAUAAUAAACUGACUGGUUUAUAUGUG